CUGCUAAAUUAGAAGAUAUUCGAAAUGAUGCAUUAAAUGAAGGUUAUUCAGAAUUUUUAUAUGGUGGCUUCAAAAAUACGUCUAAUUCAGCAAGCUGUGGUGAAACCAUUUAUGAUAAGGAUGAUAGACCAAGCAAAC